GGUCCGGGCCCUGUGUGUAUGUAUGCAUGUCCGUCUGUCUGUCUGCGUGUCUGUCUCGCUGUCUGUCUGCGUGUUGCACAGUCGAGCUGCGCUGGAGAAACAGAUGUUAAAGAGUAGAAACAACAUCCUGUGUGUGUGUGUGUGUGUGUGUGUGUGUGUGAGUGUGUGUGUGUGCUGAUGUGUGGGAACUGCUCCACAGAGCCUCAGCCUGAAGCAGAGACGGGAUAUUCGGGACAGGAAGUGGGAAAGUGAAAGCGACUGAGGCAUUUAAAAGUUUCUGAGAGGAGUUUUACACAUAGACAACAACAAAAACAGCGGCUCAUCUCGGAACGAUGGACAGCGGCUAUGAGAUCCUCUCCAACAGUGGAUAUGCAGAUACAUGCAAAAUCACCAUGACAGAAACUCCAGAGUGCUUCAUCUGCAGAGACGUGCAGCUGGUGGAUGGAGAACCGCUGAGGAGGUUCUGCGACUGCAAGAACCUGGUGGCCCACCAUAGCUGCCUGAUCACCUGGGUCAAAAAGGGGCUCGGCAGUGAGGACAGACUGAGAUGCAGUGCCUGUAAUGCUGAGUAUGAGCAGUGUCAGACGGCCGCAUGGAGGACUUUGGCCAGCCAGUGGCAGACAUGGCCUGUGAUGGUUGUGGGCGUGGUCUUGCUGGCCCUGGUACCAUAUACAGUGUUCCGCAUGUUAACAGCCUUCCAGAACCCCCCUCCUCACGCACUGUUCAGAACCGCUGCUAUUUGCUUUGGCCUGCUGACCGAAACCCUGCUGGUCAGGUGUUUGUUCUGCUAUGUGAAUGGUCGCUACCGGCAGGCGGAGCACACCUCCUUCAGUCUGCAACCACGGGGCCUGGAGGAGGAGCAUGAGGCCAUGGGGGUCAAAGGGCAUGGUCUGCAGGUGGAGGAAGAGGAGGGAAGUCGAGAAAGGGGUGUGAACAGAGGCCAACAUCGCCCCCUAUGGCCCCGGAGGAGCUGCCCUGCAGUGAGGAAGGAGAAGCAGAUGGACUCUCAGUGACUCUUUAACUGCUGGACCCUGUGGAGCGCUACCCUGCUGUCCUGCCUGGCCAACAGUCAGCAGGUCCGAACCCGGCCCGAGCAGCAGUGCGGGAUGUUCUCUUAUUGAUGAAAUUUAACUGGGCUGAGGCUGAAAUGGUUCUGAACUUACGUUCCUGUUAGAAACACACCUGAGACCGAGACACUGUAUUACUUGAUUGGUUGAGUCAGGUGUUGUCACUGGAAAAAGUGACAACACUUUUAAUAAUUGGACUCCCUCCAGGUCAUUAGCUGGUUUUCCAUCCACUGAGUUUUUGCAAUGUUUAAAAAGGUGCAUAAAAAACAUGAAUACAGAAUUCUAAAAUAUUGCAAAAGGUUUUUUUUUUAUUUAUUUUAUUAUUUUGUAUCUAUUUUGUACCCUACCCUAACCUUAUACUACCCUAUACUGCUCUGUAAGACCUAUACAUUCCAAUAGGUCCACCCUUUAAAACCCUUAAUACCUUUAACCAUUUAUACCUUCAGCCCUGUACUACAUAUACAAGCUUAUACUAGCCUAUAUAACCCAAGACUAUUCUAUACCACCCUAUACUGCCCCAUUCCACCAUAUAACAUGUACCAUUCUAUGCUACAGUAUAUACUUUACACUAUAUUCCUUAUACAUUCUGUCCUACCCUUUACUAUCCUAUGCUCCCUAUUCUGCCCUAUACCACCCUAUACAAUUCUACUUUCCACACUAGCCUAUAAUACUCCAUACUACCUAUACUGCCCUGUACUACAUAUACAUUCCUAUACCACCCUUUCUAACCCAUACUACCCUUAACUCCUUAUACAGCCCUGUACUACCUAUACAUUCUUUUACUAGCCUAUGUAACUAACCUAGACUACCCCAAACUCCCUAUAUUACCCUAUACAGCCCCAUUCUACCCUAAUACCAUAUAAUAUCCUAUGCUACAAUAUACUACCCUUACCAUCCUUAUAACCCUCCCCUCUAACUUAUGCUACCCUUAACUCUGUAUACAGCCCUGUUACCACCUAUACAAUCUUAUACUAUCCUAUACUGCAACAACAUGUAUAUAUUACCUAUAUUACCAUAUACUACCCCAUUUUACCUUUUUUUUACUAUUCUAUGCUUCAAAAUACUACCCUAUAUUCCCUACACUAUUCUUUACUGUCAUAUAUUCCCUAUACUACCCUACACCACCCUUUCUAACCCAUACUACCCUUAACUCCUUAUACAGCCCUGUGCUACCUAUACAAUCUUAUACUAGCCUAUAUAACUGAUGUAGACUACCCUAAACUCCCUAUAUUACCCUAUACAUUCUACCCUUAUACCAUAUGAUAUCCUAUACUACAAUAUACAAUAUACUACCCUUUACUACCCUUAGAACCCUACUCUAACCCAUACUACCCUUAACGCCAUAUACAGCCCUGUUACCACCAAUACAAUCCUAUACUAUCCUAUACUACAACAAUAUAUAUUACCUAUAUUACCGUAUACAACCCCAUUUUACCAUAUCACACCAUAUACCAUUCUAUGCUUCAGAAUGCUACCCUAUAUUCCCUACACACUCUGUAAUAUCUUUUACUAUCAUAUCCUCCCUAUAAUACCCUAUACCACCCUUUAUAUUCCUACCCUUACCUCUACUACACUAAACUCCUUGCACUGUCCUCUACUACCUAUACAAUCUUACACUAGCCUAUAUUACCCUAUACAAUCCUAUACUAUUGAAAACUCCUCAUAUUACACUAUAUAGCCCCACUAUAACAUAUAACACCAUAUACCAUUCUAUGCUAAAGUAUACUACCUUAUAUUCCCCUCACACUCUCUACUAUCCUUGAUUAUACUCCCUAUGCUGCCCUAUACUAUCACUAUCCUUCCCUGUACUCCCUAUACCAUCCCAUAUCCGCCUACACUAUCCCAUGCUCAACUAUACUACCCUAGCCUCCUUAUACACCCCUAUCCUACCCUAUACCCCCUAUUCCUUCCUACAUCUCCCUGUAUUAGUCAAUACUUCCCUAUAUUUCCUUUUCUAUCCUAUACUUCCUGUACUAUGCUACUCUCUUUAUAGUAACAUAUACUCAAACGCUAUUAUAUACUUCCUAUACUACCCUGUACUACCCCAUACUCCAUGCAUUACCCUUCUAUGGUGCCAUAUACUGACUUAUUUGCCUUAUAGUAUCCUAUACUCACUAUACUACCCUAUACCCUCUAUACUCACCAUACUAUCAUAUACUCUGCAGCAGUGUCCAGGGCAUAUGAGUGACUUGUUCUAAUCACAGUGGCCUAUUUCUUCUAAAGUUUCUUAACAUUACUGCAGUGGAUGGAAACACAACUUAUUUUUAUUCCAAUUUUUUGUAAUUGCAUAAAACUUUUGCGAAACUCUUGGAUGGAAUCCCAGCUAUUGAGAGCCACAAAUAUGAAGACAGUUAUUCUUUACCUUAAUCGUUACUCUUUAGUGUCACUGUAAUAUAAGAUUUCUUUUUUUAAACAGCUGAUAUCCGCUGACCUUUACAUUGUGUGUAUCUCCUCGGAUCUUCUCAUUAUAGCAAAAUCUCAUUACAGAGAAAAUCUCAUUACAUCAACUUACAGACACUUAUUACCUGUUAUUUCUCUUCUUGUAAAGACGUUAUUAUGGACAUACAAGGUUUUCUACAGUGAUCUUAUUUAUCAUUCAUUUUAUAUAUUCAAUGUGUUAUUUUGUUGAUUGCACGUGUCACUUUUUAAACUGUUUAUAAUUCAGUAUUAGUAUUAGAGUAUUUUAUUAAACUCUUUGGUUUUAGCCACUUUUCUGAUGAAAAAAUAAAGACUUGAUAUAAUCUACUCUGAAAGUCCAAAAGUUUGUGGACAGCCUACUUUGUAGUGAAUUUGGUUGUAUUGGAGUCCAAUAACUGUGAAAACAUGGGCACUGUGGUUCCAAUCUGUUCCAUUCUGUAGAAUUAAAGCCAAUAAUGAAUUUCAUAUUUCAAUAUGUUAAAUUUGCAACCAAAGUCAAAUUUGCGGUAGAGACCGGAGGCGGAGCCAGACUCACCUAAUUAUUGAAUAGGCCCACCCCUUUUCUUUCAGGUCAAGUGUUUUAGACCACCUUCAUUGAGUUCACAAGGGUAUUAAAAGUAGUUUAUCCUGCUUUUUGUCUCUACUGUAUGGGAACGAUUUUUAUUAGUUAUUGGAGUCUUGCUGUGAGGAUUUGAUUGCUUUUAAUUAUCCAUAACUUCUCUAGCCCAACUCAUCUCAUCUAAGUGUAUAAGAUGAAGCUUCAUCAUUCCAGAGAACAUUCCGUGGUCAGCUUCCUCUUACAGCGUCCACAGUUAAUCCUGUUGGAUGUGGUUGGUCCUUCUUGGUGGUAUGCUGACAUUACCCUGGAUACCGUGGCUCUUGAUACAUCACAAAGACUUGCUGUCUUGGUCACAGAUGCGCCAGCUCUGGUAUGUCACCCAUAAUGUUGUGUGCAUUGCAAUAUUUUGAGCAAAACUGUGCUCUUACCCUGCUAAUUGAACCUUCACACUCUGCUCUUAUUGGUGCAAUGUGCAAUUAAUGAAGAUUGGCCACCAGGUUGGUCCAAUUUAUCCAUGAAACCUCCCAUACUAAAAUGACAGGUGUUCCAGUUUCAUUGUCCAACCCCUGUAUACUCUCAUAUAGCCUGGAUUAACACCUGGAUUACAUACUAACCAUUAAACAUAAGAUUAUAUUCUAUUCUACUAACUAUUCUAUAUUUCUCCAAUGGUAUUAUAGAGAGACACACACUAACACACCACCACCAUGCAUCCAAAUAAUAAUAGCUGUUCUGUGGUGGUCUGAGUAUUGAAGAACAGGGUGAAAGGAGGAUUCAUAAUAUAAGUAUGUAGAGAAACAGAUACAGAACUACAGUCUGUAAUUAUCAUAUUACAUGAAUAUAGAACUGUAUGAUAAGUGGAGCUGAUGAGAUUUGGUAAUAAGUAAUGGUAUGCUUGAUCUUUGUAUAUUUACUAUAUAAUAUACAGGUGUUUGGGAGUUUGAUGGUGGUUCUAAUGUUUUGCUCUUUAUUUUAAACAGCUUUAUGAAGCCAGUAUUAUAAAGGCAUGCUCAGUAAUGGGAAUUUCAUGUUCUGCUGUUGGCAGGAUAAUGGUGAAUAUGCUGUAAGAGGUUCAUAUGUUUUCACUUUUGCGUUUUCUUUGCGCAGUAUUUGCUUGUGACAUCGCUUUCUCUGGAGCGUGCUAUUGUGAAAUAAAGUGCCAUUAUUUUUUA